AUGAGGUCUGUCGUGCUGUGUCUGGUGCUGGUAGCGGCAGUGGCGGCGGCUCCUCCGCAGCGCGAGGGUGCCGUGUACAGCAAGGAGGCCAUCAAGCAGGCGCAAAGCACCUUCCUCAUACCCAAGGACGCUGUCAUACAAAAGGUACAAGAAGGUGUGGAGCUUGCAGCAUACGAAUCUAUCCCUGGCAACCAAAAGAUCAACCUUUUCGAAAUCCUUGGCGACCAGCUGCCUUCAGAAGUGAUCAACAACCUACAGUCUCAGAUUGACCACGUGGGUCAGCAAUAGACUGUAUAGUUAUACAAGAUAUUUAUAGUUCGAAACCAGUAACGAAAAUAAGACCCUUUCAAUUCAAGCGCAGUAAUUAUUAGACUGCUAAUUAAGACUGCAAGAGACAGCUCUACUUUCUGUGAGGUAGCA